AUGAUGAAGGUAUCUACGAUAUUCCUCCUUACAUCAGAUGAUUCAGCUUGUCGCUUUUUCUCCAGGAGUAGGAUGGAUCCGCCAGAGUGGGUAGGAAUCCCGCGAUAUCUCCCAGAAAAUGGGGAAAGCCGCGGGGGGCUUAGGUCACGUCCGGUAUGGUACGCUUUCCUAGUGACGAUCUGCCCCCCUCAUGGGCAAAAGAUUUCCGAAGGGCAUGCCCUCCAGCUGAACUGUUAUAAGCAGGCAGUGGGAGGACAGUCUGGCAUGCUCGGUAACUUUGUUGCCGUGUGCUGAUUAUCCGCAUGUCCGUGAGUGUAUUUAUAACUCGGGAAUACCCAAUCCUGUAGUCUUCCCGGUCGUGUUUGCUUGUUUCCUUCAUACGUCGUCACUUGCUUGUCGUUCUUGCUUCAUACGUACACACAAUCUCCAACAUGUCUGUCCCCGAAAAGUUCACCGGCUUCCAGGUCAACGGCCCCGAGACCUGGACCGAGUUCCACAAGAACGAGUUCCAGCCCAAGCCCUUUGGUGACUACGACGUCGACAUCAAGAUUGAGUGCUGUGGUGUUUGCGGUAGCGAUGUUCACACCAUCAGCGGCGGGUGGGGCGAGCAGAAGUUCCCUCUUGCUGUUGGACAUGAAAUCAUCGGAACCGCCCUCCGCGUCGGUCCCAAAGUGACUCUCAUCAAGCCCGGCCAGCGUGUCGGCGUGGGCGCCCAGUCCUACUCGUGCCUCGACUGCCGUCAGUGCAAGAACGACAAUGAGACAUACUGCCGCAAGCAACUAGACACUUAUGGCGCCGUGUGGCCUGAUACCGGCAUCGUCAGCCAGGGCGGUUACUCCUCUCACGUCCGCACCCACGAGCACUGGGUCUUCCCAAUCCCCGACGCCCUCCCCUCCACCGUCGCCGCUCCCAUGCUCUGCGCCGGUCUAACCGCCUACUCCCCUCUGGUCCGCAACGGCUGCGGCCCCGGCAAGAAAGUCGGCAUCGUCGGCCUCGGCGGCAUCGGCCACCUGGGUCUCUUGUUCGCCAAAGCCCUCGGCGCCACCGUCUACGUGAUCUCGCGCACGCACUCCAAAGAAGCCGACGCCCGCAAAAUGGGCGCCGACGGCUUCCUCGCUACUGCCGACCCCAACUGGAACGAAGAGCACAUUAUGACGUUUGAUCUGAUCAUCAACACGGCCAAUAGCUUUGAGGGGUUCGACCUGGAUGCGUACUUGAGCUUGUUGGAUGUCCAUGGCAAGUGGGUCAGUGUGGGAUUGCCCGAAGAUGAGGAGGGGAUUCGGGUGCGGAACCAGACGUUCUUGAAGAAUGGGUGUUUUUUCGGGAGUAGUCAUUUGGGGAGCCGCAGGGAGACGUUGGAGAUGUUGCAGCUUGCGGCGGACAAGGGGGUCAGGACGUGGGUGGAGGAGGUGAAGAUUAAUGAGGAAAACCUAAAGGGGGUGAUGCAGAAGAUGAAGGGUGCCGGGGGGAGGUAUCGGUUUUGUUUGACCGGGUAUGAGGAGGCUUUUGGGGCGUAAUUGGCGGGAUCUUUGGGGACUUUCGGAGUGUAGAAUUAGAUGAGACAACUGGAAAUGGGAAAGGGUGUAAAAGUCAAAAGAAAAUAGAUUUGAGACAUCGUGAAAAUAGC